GCAGGGCACCGUCUCGACCCGACAACCCACAGAAGGUCCGGGCGGCGCUGCGCGCAUUCCUCGCCUGUUUACAAACACACGCGCACCGCAGGAAUCCACCCGAUGAGCCGAUGGCGCAAAGCGGAGAGGCACGAACGCGAGCAGCAAGGCUCCAAAGACGCCUGUUUCGUUUUGGGCCUUGUCACGCAGGAAUGCGCCGAGGAUGGAUGACGUCGCUCGGCUCCGUCGGCGUAGCGUGACCGAAACGCGAUGCGCCGGGUUAACUCCCCCGAGCUGGCGCAACCCGCCUCUUUUUUGUGUGUGUGUGUGUGGGGGGGUGAGCAACAAGGCGUUGUAGGCAUUCCGCAGGGGCCUCCGGAGGGCCGGCUCGCCGUCGGACAUGUGCGCUUGAUAAAGGCCCGGGACUCGCCGCCGCUAGCCCCACGUACAUGCCGGCGUUCAAGUACUGACAUAUUGGCGGUGUUCUCCGGCCCAGAAAAAGUCCGACUGGGGCGUGAGAGCCACAUCUGGAAUAGCAGCGAGCGACGACGACGACGACUACGAGAGGAGCCAACAACAAUCGAGCACUUUUCACGGAAACCUUGACUUUGUAAAUACUUGAAAAUGCUGCUCAUCCUGCUCGGAGUGCUCAUCUUGCACCUCAUCAUCCUUAUCCUUCUCAUUGUGUCCACGGCAGCGAGUUCCUGGACCGUAGGGGGCGACGUCAGCAAGGACCUGUGGUACAACUGCCUGACCAAUGACGUCGUCUACCAGUGCACUCCUGCCAGCCAUGAAGAUUGGAUCCAGGCGGUGCAGGCCCUGAUGAUCCUGGCCGUGCUCUUCUGCUUCUUCUCGCUGGUGGCCUUUGUCUUCCAACUGUUCAAACUGGUGAAGGGCGGACGCUUCUUCUUCACCGCCAUCUUCCAGAUCUUGGCCAGUCUGUUUGUGAUGUGCGGCGCCAUCAUCUACACGGUGAUGAGGACGGACGACGUGCCCGAGUGGCAGUUCGGAUACGCCUAUGUGCUGGCCUGGGUGGCGUUCCCGCUCUGCCUCAUCAGCGGCCUCAUUUACAUCGUGCUGAGGAAGAAGGAAUGAGGGAGAGCGUGGAGGAGGAGGGGGGAAGAAGUAGUGGAGGAGGAAGAAGAAGAAGAAGAAGAAAAGGAGCAGGCGUCGCACUGUGCCUACUGCCCACAGACCAACAACAAACACACUGACAUCACUAGCGCGCGACAAGACCCAAACUUGUCGUCGCUUCCGUACAGUACAAAGGUGUACAUAGCGUCUGUGGUUUUUAGACAUAUUUAUAGCAUUUUGACAUUACGUGUUGUACAUAGUGUUGUUAACAUCGUUGUUACGAAGAGUGUGUGUGUCUUGCACACGUCAUGCAGCUGUGCCAAAGAAGUGUCGCUUCGUCCGCCAGAUAUUUAGCUUCCUGUUUUAUUGGUUGUUGUUUUUUUUUUGUUUUGUUUUUUUCUAAUGCUUUGAAUAAUGUGCCUCGGCUUUGAAAAGGUUGUACUUCCUGAAGGAACUCAUAGCAAUUGCAUCAUGAAGCGUCGUUUUGUGUGUUUGUGUUACUUCUUACUCCAAAUAAAAAUGUUGCAUUUUAGUUAUGAUAAAAUGGUGCUUUUUUUUUUUUUUUUUUUAACUAUUCUUGAAAUGUAUAGCCUCUUUCAUGUUUGUGUAUCUACUUUGCGGUGUCUUGUCCUUGUGAUUAAUUCGCUUUGUGUUAGCACAAAGUUUCAAGUAUUGUCAAUAGUCUUCUAAAUAAACGUUCACUUGAUUGAAAACACGCAUUGCAAAAUGUAUAUUUGAUGUUAAUGUUUGAAUCGGUGUAGAAAUGUGGAAAGACGAGGUAAAUUUCUACAAUCGCUCCAUAACUGACAAUUUUUACAUGAACAUUGUGGAAUUUUCAUGGGGAACAUUUUUUUUUUGAAGUUGGAAUGUUUCCACUGUUGAGAAAUAAAGGAUGAGUCGAAUUUGUCAAA